AUGGGCCAGGCGAGCUCUUCCGCCUCCAGCGGCCGCGCUGCUGCGCCCACACUGCAGCAGCAGCAGCAGCAGCAGCGCAGCGCGGGCGCUGCGCCUUCGCGCUCUCUGUCGCAGCAGAUGGUGAGCGCCUACCGCCGGAGUGGCCAGCAGCCUUUGCGGGAGGCCUUCGUGACUUGUUCCUCCCCCUCCCUCCCCCACGCCUCCGCCCCCCCCCCAGCAGCAGCAGCAGCAGCAGCAGCAGCAGCAGCAGCAGCAGCAGCGGGCGUGCCGGGGGGCUACUACCGCGGGGGCUGCAGCUCGCUGCCGGCCUCCUCGCGGGGCUCCUCGCCUGCUGCUUCGCGGGCGAGUUCGGAGUCUUCGCUGCUGCUGCCAACUCCGACUCCGUCUCGGCAGCAGUCCUUCACCUUCGUGCCUCCCGCCUGGCGGGACCCUUCCUUUGUGUCUUGGACUCCGCAGCAGCAGCAGCAGCAGCAGCUGCUGCUGCAGCGCUCCGCCUCCUCGCCGGCGCUGCCCCGCGCGGGGGACCUCUCCGCAGCAGCAGCAGCAGCAGCAGCAGCAGCAGCAGGGCGGGGGCCGCCCCGCUUCGUCGCGCGCCGCCCCGCCGCCGCCGCAGCAGCGCCGCCCUCACCGCAGCAGCAGCAGCAGCAGCAGCAGCAGCAGCAGGAGCUGCUGCUGCAGCAGCAGCAGGAGGAGCUGCUGCUGCAGCGGGAGCCGUGCGUGGUGGGCUGGGGCGAAGUGGAGGAGACGAAGGAAGUGGUGUACCCGAGCGGGCAGCGGGUGUUCAGGUGUACGUACUGCAACGCGUUGCUGCGGAGGCGGAAAAACUUCAUUUCGAGUUGGCCAAAAGUUUUGUUUUGCGAAAACUGCCGGCUGCUGCCGCAGUGCAACUCCUGCAGCAAAAAGGCAGUGCCCUUCGUCUUCAGCAGCAGCAGCGGCAGCAGCAGCAGGGCGGAGCCGCUCCGCAACUUCGGGGGCCUCUCCACCUGCGGCCAGUGCAGUUUGCUGCGGCCCGUGGCCGACGCUGCUGCGCUGCAGCCGCUCGUCAGCAGCAGCAGGCAGCUGCUGCGCGACUGCUUCGCUGUGCGCUUUACGCAGCAGCUGCUGCAGUCCCACGCGCGCCCGGAGGUGCUUUGCUGCCUCGCUGCGCUGCGCCGCGCAGCAGCAGCGGACGACAGCAGCAGCAGCAGCAGCUGCACGCUCCUCCUCGACCUCCCGCCCGCCGCGGACGCGCAGCAGCAGCAGCAGCAGCAGCAGCAGCUGCUGCUGCAGGAGGACUGCCACGGCGACGUGCAGAGCCUCCCCUUCGAGAUCACUCCCGUCUGGCACAUGCAGCUGUCCCGCGGCGGCAGCCAGAACGUCUACGGCCGCUGCGAGGCGCGGGCGCUCACCUUCCCCGCAGAGCCCCCCGCAGCAGCAGCAGCAGCAGCAGCAGCAGCAGCAGCAGCAGCAGCGCCGCGGACGUUCCGCGUGGUGCAGCGGAUCCUGCUGUCCCGCGGAGUCCCCGAGGGCCUCUUCUGCGGCCAUUUGGCCCACGAGCUGCUGCACGCCUUCAUUUGGCUGUCGCUGGAGGCCGGGGGCCCGCAGAUCGCGCUGGCCGCUGAGGAGGGGCUCUGCAACUGCGUGCUCGCGACGGCGCUGCAGAUCCGCGUGGAAUCGCUGCAGCAAAAGCGCCAACAACUCCUCAAAUGCUUCGCAAAAUGCGGAAUUAUUCCGAAAACAAAACCCUCGACCCGCGAAAUCGAAGGUUUGCCGCAAACUGCGGAGUUUCUGCAGGCCGUUUGCAACUUGCACGGCUGCGCGCGCGCGCGCGCGGGGUGUACGUACACCCCGCCGCCGCGCGCGCGCAGCCGCUGCCAACUGGAAUUCGAACUUUAUUUGACAGAAUAUGAAUUGAAAGUUCUCAACCGCAGACUUUCCGAAAUGGAAAAAGACGAAGACCCCAACUACGGCGUCGGCUACCGCGCCGCCAGGGCCCUCGCCAUGAAGCGCCGCAUGCCCCAGCUCGUCCGCCUCCUCGGCACUGCCGGCCACUCGCUGGACUCCUUCGUCGCCGCCGCCCAACUCUGCUGCUAG